AUAGAAUCAAAUAUUCUGAGAGUUGGAAGAGAGCCCUAAAGAAUGUCCAGUCCAGGGCAAAGCCUCGACUAUAUACACCCCACUUGCCUCAUUCCCACAAAUCUCUGAGGGUACCUGCCAUAGAUUCAGUCUGCAGACACCUAGACGAUGAGAAGAAGCACCUGCGCGCAUGCGCACUUGAGGCCGGAAGGCGGGGCAGAAGGGCGGGAAAGAGAGAAGGGGGGAGGACGUCAGGAGUGACGGGGAGGGGGCAAUAUGGUGUUUUCUGUGGUGCGGAAAGUGCUUGGUUUUCAACCAAGGGGCGCCCCCCAACGGGGAAGGAGGGUUUUUGUCCGGAGGACUCCUCAGUGGUUCGUGAGAGAGGCUGCCUGAGGCUGAGGGGGGCUUCUUUCCCUCCCCUCAGGCCUCCUUCCCGUCGAGGAAAAGUUGAGAAGAGAAGAGCGCGCGCGCUUGACGCCCAGCAGGGGGCGCCCUCGAGCAGCGCCGAGGAGGAGGAGGAGGAGGAAGCUUGUGAGAGCCGGGCGGCGCGAGCGAAGGAGGGAAAAGGCACCGGGCGGCGCAUUCGGAAGCCCAAAGAGCGGCGCUUUCCUUCUCCGCCUGCUGCUGCUGCUUCGCCCACCUCGAUUGCAAUGGCUCGGGACGGUAGCCCGGCUCUCAUCGCUCUCGUCGCCAUCACAGCAGGACUAAAUAUCUGCUGUGCUUUGAUCGCUGCACCUGAUUCCAGCAUGGCUUCUCACAUAAGCAGAUCUACAACAGAAAGAAUUGAAUCAGAUCAUACAGUGACCAUGUUCCACAAUAACUCUUUCGCAAGUACCAGUCCACCAGCUGCACCAUCAACUACUCUUUCUCUUAGUACCACAUUGGGAGAUUCAGAACACGCUACCACCACAGGUAAUACAACUGCUCUUUCAACAGUGGAGAUUUCAGCUACAACUCCUCUAUUAAAUACAUCAGACAUGAAUAUUUCAGCAGCGACACAACCAAACACAUUGUCCCCUGUGACUUCCUUUCCUAAUGCCACAACAGAAACUUUUACCCACUCUCAAACCCCAGCAUUCACCUCUCCACAGAGUUCAAAUGAUUCAGUCAACAUCACUGCUCCGUCUGACAUUACCAAACUUAGCACAGCUGAAGUUACGCAGUUGUCAAGCACAGAAACACCAGUUCCUGUGAGCACAAGCAAGAAAGUGCACACCGUAGAGGCAACGUCAAGAGAGACUCAUGUGAUAUCCACCUCCUCAAGCCCAUUGGAAUCCUUUACCUCUUCAGAAACAACCUUACCAAGUAAAGUUUCUCUAGAGACUUCUCCCACUGGAAGUACCACCUUCUCUUCAGGGAUAACCAUUCAGGAGGUCCAGCGUGCUUUGAGCCCAGGAAGCAUUGCAGCUAUAACUAUAACAGUGAUUGCAGUGGUUCUAUUGGUGUUUGGCAUAGCUGCAUUCUUGAAGAUCAGGCAUUCUUCUUAUGGAAGACUCUUUGAUGAUCAUGACUAUGGAUCCUGGGGAAACUACAACAACCCUCUAUAUGAUGACUCUUAAUCAAAUAAUUUUCAGCCAAAUAUUGUCAUUGUAUGUAUGAAGUACGUGUUCCUCUAAAAGCACCAAGGUUUGAUAUCCUGCUACACAUGGCUCCAUGUUUUUGCUCCUCCCCACCAUUUCCCCCAGUGAAUCCUUUUGAUUUCUCUACAGGCCAAAAUCCUUGAAAUUGAUUGAUGAGAGGCUGGAAAUUUGUUUAAUUGAGAAGUUAAGCUUUAUAGGAGAUCUGCCAAGAAGAACGCAUGUGGCCUUUUUAGUUGUCAAUUAGCAAAAGUUUGUGGUAGGCUUUGCUCUGGAGGGUGUCUCUAAAGAUUAAUACCAGAUCUUGGCUUUUGCUUUAUUUGUCUUUAACUAGGUUGUCUUGAGAAUAUUCUAAUUAAAAUACAACUAAAUGUUGGAAGAACAGCCUGAUAUUGCACUGAGGUUCUUGUUAAGUGUCUACUUUUCACACAGAAAGAAAUCUACAGAGAGCACAUAGCUGCUGCUACAGGUGUCACAUUUCCCUUCUUUGAUUUCUUUAAGAUCUACUGUGUCUUGUCACCAGUUUAAGCAACCAGUUUAAGCAAAUAGCAGUGACAGAGAAAUGCACAUUGUAAUAGUGUAAAAAUUGAACAUGCAAGCUGAGCUAGACAUAAUUGAGGAGAAAAGAAUGGAAAAUCCACACAGCGCUGCCAUUUGCAGGAAGAACCCUUUUGUUUUCUGACCAAAGAUUGAUGAGAAGGAAAUACGGCUGGCAAAGCCUUCCCAUCUUGGAGACUGUUUUUCUGAGGCUAUAGGAACACAAGACCAGCCAUGAUCCCUCACAUCUAAAAUACCUACCUGCAAAGCAUCUUUGUAGAUUAAAGUUUUUGUUGCUUCCCAGAUGACAAGAGAUCGAAUGCUGUGGACUUUAAUAAAAUUUGUUUUGCUGGGAUCACUGGAAAA